GUCGAUCCAAUUCAGGAGGCGAUUGACGACCUACUUCUUCCAACUUUGUUCGGUCAAUCAGAGCCUCUCCCUAACGGGGUGCGUCUACUUGUCACCUUACAAGCGGCUCAAGGGGGUCUGGGCAUGCCAAAUUUGAGAGCUAAGGCGCCACAACAGUUUGUUGCCUCGGAGUCAAUAACUACUGCGCACGUAGAUUCUAUCACAUCGCAGAGAACAUUUAUGGCGCCAGGCGAAAGCUCUACGGAGGAGCUUAAGAGACAUCAUCGGCAACUUAAGAUGGCGCGUGACAAAGAGAAAUUGGAAAGCAUUGAUUCAACUCUAUCCCUAGAUCUGCUGCGACUAGUUAAUCAAUUGAGAGACAAGGGCGCAAGUUCUUGGUUAAAUGCAAUGUUUUUCGCAGAUCAGGGCUUAGCCCUUAAUAAACAGGAGUUUAGAGACUCGCUACGCUUACGGUAUAAUUUGUCUCUAGUCAAUCUACAAAGUCUAUGUGUGUGGGGAUAAAUUUACUGUAGGCCAUGCCCUCUCAUGUAAAAAGGAGGGCUUUGUAGCGCGGAGACAUGAUGGUGUCCGUGAUUUAUUAACGGCAUUCAUCAAUAAGGUCUGCAACAAAGUGGAAAUUGAACCACGCCUUCAACCCCUCGACAACGAACGGCUACAUUUGAGAGGUGCCGUCACAAGCUCUGAGGCAAGAUUAGACAUCAAGGCGGGAGGUUUCUGGUCAAGAGGAAUUACGGCAUUUUUCGAUGUAAGAGUUACGCACGUUAACUCCAAGUGUUACCAAAACAAGACAACAUCUGAAGUAUUCAAGGAGCAAGAGGACGAGAAGAAACGCAAGUACCAGCAGCGGGUACUAGAUGUAGAGAUUGGUUCAUUCACACCUUUAGUGUCUGGAACCAAUGGCGGAAUGGGAUAUGAGUUUCAGCGUUUCCAGAAGCAUCUUGCAGAUAAGAUAGCUCAGAAGGACACCGAGCCGUAUAACACCGUUAUCGCAUGGCUCAGGACACAAAUCUCGUUCGAAUUUCUAAGAUUGGUACACGCAUGCGUGAGAGGUUCACGAACGCCUUUUGACAGCAAGAUAGAACACUCUUUAGACUGCAAAAUAAACGUCGCCACCGCGGGCAUCUAG